UAGUUGAAUAAUUGCAAUUUUAUCCACCACGCUGACCUUGAUGCAUCGCAGACGCAUCCUAUCUCUCCGCACGGCAUGUAAUCUGAAUGUAAUGUCUCUUGAACAUGAAAGACUGUAUAUUUAGUAAAUAAAUCGUUAUAUUUUUUUAUAUUUUGAAUUCAAAAUAUUAUCAUUAUUAAAAACAGAAAUGUCUGAUGAUGAUAUAGAUGUCCCUGCAAUAAAGAAACAACGGAUAUUUUACGGCAGUCUUGAAGACACAAUCAGAGAGUUAGAAAAAGAGCAUUUGAAGAAGACAGAAAAUGCAAAUAUCAAUGUUUCUGAUGGCCAAGUCCUUGAGUUAUCUGACGAUAAAAACACAGAGCGAUAUCAGCAAUUGUUGGCUGAUUUUGAGAAACGAAAGAAGGCUCGUACAGCUGUUGUUCCUACUAAUGAUGUAGAGGUAAAGGCAAGAUUACGAGAACUAGAAGAACCAAUAUGUCUGUUUGGUGAAGGUCCAGCAGAAAGACGGGAUAGAUUGAAAGCUCUAAUUGCUGAAUAUGGUGUUGAAAUUGAAAAAAGUUCAGAAGUGGAUGUCAAACCAGAUAAAAAGGAUGAUGUUGUACAAGAGGUUUGGUAUCAUGAAGGUCCACCUGAACUCAAAGUUUCAAGAAUGUGGAUUGCAAACUUUUCUUUAUCACGGGCAAACGAGAGAUUGAAGAAAGCUCGAGUGUUGCAUGCAAGACCUGAUGCAGAAAAGGCAGCUAAAACUCAAGAGCUUCAUAAGAAGUUACGAGCUUUGACCAACUCCUGUAGUCAAAUUGGUGAUGACCGUCCCUUGUCCUUUUGUCAAUUUUCCCCAAACUCGAAAAUUCUGGCAACUUGCUCAUGGAGUGGAUUAUGUAAACUGUGGUCUGUCCCUGAUUGUUCAUUGAUAAAAACAUUACGUGGACACAAUUCAAGGGUAGGAGCUAUAGUAUUUCACCCACAAGCCACCAUUUCCUUGGAAACAAAUGUACCAUCUAUGGCAUCGUGUGGUACAGACGGAGAUGUUCGUUUAUGGAAUUUGGAAUCUGAGACACCAAUAGCCAACAUAGAGGGUCAUGAUAAACGCGUUUCCAGAAUUGCUUACCAUCCAUCAGGAAGAUUUUUGGCGACGUGUUGUUUUGAUUAUUCCUGGAGACUGUGGGAUCUCAAUCAGUUAACGGAAGUUUUACAUCAGGAAGGACAUUCACGUGAAGUUUACCACAUUUCUUUCCAUCCAGAUGGAUCAUUGGCUGGAACAUGUGGUCUGGAUGCGCGUGGUUUGAUAUGGGAUCUGAGGACUGGACAAUGUGUAAUGACAUUAGAUGGUCAUCUGCAAAAAGUAUUGGCUAUUGACUUUGCUCCCAACGGAUAUCACGUAGCUACUGGUAGUGAGGAUCAAAAAGUUAUGAUAUGGGACUUACGAAAACGAAAAUCAAUUUAUACCAUUCCAGCUCAUACGAAUCUCAUAUCUUACGUGAAAUUUCAUGAUCAAUAUUUACUAACUGGAUCUUAUGAUUGUAAAGUGAAGGUAUGGACACAUCCAGGUUGGAUACCGUUAAAAACUUUGGCUGGACACGAACAAAAAGUCUCUUGUGUUGAUCUUUCUCCAGAUGGUCACUACAUAGCGUCCAGUUCAUUCGACAGAACAUUUAAAUUGUGGUCGGCGGAGUAAAAUGUUGCCGAGUGUCUUGAUCCUGCGAUCUUUGCAUACAAGUAGUGAUUAAAAUUCUCGUGAUAAUGUAUAUAUUUUAUAAUAACAGACGAUUUACUUCAUUGAA